UACAUCAAGACUUCAGAGGACAUGGGUUUAUAUGACGUGCAGGUGAGCGUGGCGGACCAGAGACUGCGGGUGUUUGACUCCGCCCAGCGGCGGUGGAGACACGUCUGCUCGUCCAGUGCCAAUCAGCUGCUCGCCGCCAUCAGCUGUGAAGAGAUGGGCUUCAUCAGGGCAAUAAAUUUCUCGGUCACGUGCGCUCCCGACAGCGGCAGCAGCAACCACGAGUACUUCUGCGUCAAAGAGAGCGAGUUAACCUACGGCAAGAAGAUCGGCACGGUGCUGUAUCCGUGUAAAUGUGAAAAAGGGCAGAUUGUUCAAGUGCUUUGUCAAGAUUGUGGGCGGCGGAUGCUUCCCGAGGAGCGGAUUGUCGGAGGUGUGGAUGCGCGACAGGGCUCGUGGCCGUGGCAGGUCAGUCUGCAGUACGACGGCGUUCACCAGUGUGGAGGAUCCAUCAUCUCAGACCGCUGGAUCAUCAGUGCUGCACACUGCUUCCCUGAGAGAUAUCGUCACGUGUCGAGGUGGAGGGUUCUGAUGGGCUCCAUCUACAACACGCCCAUCCAUAAGAACGUGGUGAUCGCGGAGGUGAAGACGGUGGUUUAUCACAGCAGUUACCUGCCCUUCGUCGACGCCAACAUCGAUGAUAACAGCCGCGAUAUCGCCGUGCUGUCUCUCACAAAGCCUCUACAGUUCACUGAUUACAUCCAGCCCGUGUGUUUGCCCACCUAUGGUCAGCGGCUGGUGGAUGGUCAGAUUGGCACUGUGACAGGCUGGGGAAACGUCGAGUAUUACGGCACGCAGGCGACGAUCCUCCAGGAGGCCCACAUUCCCAUAAUCAACGACGCUGUCUGUAACGCUCCUGAUUACUAUGACAACCAGGUCACCACCACCAUGUUCUGUGCUGGUUAUGAGAAAGGAGGAACGGAUUCAUGUCAGGGAGACAGCGGUGGUCCCUUCGUAGCAGCCGACUGUCUCUCUAAGACGAGUCGCUACAGGCUGCUGGGCGUGGUGAGCUGGGGGACGGGCUGCGCCAUGGCCAAGAAACCCGGCGUCUACACACGAGUGACCCGCUUCCUGCCCUGGAUAUCCAGUGCCAUGAGGACUUAUGAAAAUUCCCCCGGAGUCCAUAAAAUGGCUCGUGUGGCCACAGCGUAGGCCACCUGAGAAUCGAACCUGUCGGAAAAGACCGAGAUCAGGUCUGCGAUGGACGUCACAAAGUCCCCAAGACCAAAACAGUCGAUCAGAAAGAAGCCAAGUCUCCUGUUGCCUCGCCGUCACUCAGACUGACGCCUUUCAGUCAAAUGUUAAUUUUGACCAACUGAUGUAAACAGCGGCUGUAAUUCUGUAAUUAUGAAAUGACACACUAUAGAGGAGGGAACCACAGAAACAACUAAUGCAGGGUUUAAAGGGUGCGUUUUAUUCAAACUUCAUACACUCACUGGACAAAAGGUACUGAGACGUAUAUUUGUAGAGGUGCUAGCAUUGUGAAGAAAAUAAACUUUCCCACAAAAAAAGAAUCGCGAGUGUAGAUCAGUAGGCGUAAAUAAUAUGUCAAAUUUAAUU